AUGUACCACCAGAUUUGGCGCCUCGUCCCCAACGCCCACUCGCCGCUCCCGCCGAUCCGCGCCGGAGCAGCAAGGACCGGCUGGCAGGCGGCCCGCCCUGCAGCGCUGCGCCGGCCGGUGCUCGGCUCCGCCGCUGCACGAGGCGUAUGCCGCACCCUCGCCGUCUCCGCCCAGUCCGCCAGCCUCGAAGCCGGCCUGAGGGAGGGUAAGUUCUUCGAAGUGGAGAUGAAGGUGCGCGACUAUGAACUCGACCAGUAUGGAGUUGUCAACAAUGCUAUAUAUGGUAGCUACUGCCAACAUGGUCGUCAUGAGCUACUUGAGAGCGUAGGACUAAGUGCAGAUGCAGUAGCACGCAGCGGUGAUUCUCUGGCCCUCUCUGAGAUGCAACUCAAGUACUUCGCGCCUUUGAGAAGUGGUGAUAAAUUUGUGGUCAAGGUGAGGCUUGCAAGCAUCAAAGGUAUACGGAUGAUAUUCGAGCACUGCAUUGAGAAGCUGCCUAACCGUGAGUUGAUUGUGGAAGCAACGGCAACAGCUGUUUGUCUCAACAAGGACUACCGACCUACCCGUAUAUCUCCGGAGUUCCUGUCCAGGCUACAGGGCUCUUCUUCCAAGGGCAGCAAUGGUUAAGCAGCUGCCUCGAUCACAACAGCAAUCUUCUUGGGCAAUUCUGAUAGCGGCUCUGUGAUGAACAGCUACGUGCCAUUUCUCGGUGUAUCUAUGUAACUGUUGCUGGCCAUGUAGAAAAUUUGUAAUUCAUGAAUCUGGGUCCAAAAUUUGUUGAGUGAUACUACUGAAGUGAAUGUAUAAAACCUCUCACCCACAAGAAACUGUUGGCUGCACAAAAAAAGAAGCGGGUGCAUGAGUUACUCA